AUGGCUGCCGCAUCUCGUCCGUUCGAUUACCUCGAAAGCCUCCCCGGAACUGUCUUUUUCAAGCUAUACCAGCAGCCGUCCACCGCUCUCGCUAUCUUCAGGCGCAUGCUGCCUGACCUGGCAAAAUGCUUCGUUAUGGCGCUUCUCUAUUUGAAGGACCCGCUUCCAGCAGCGGACCUGGAAACUUGGGUCAGAUCUGAGAGCCUGAGGUUAUCUUUCCUUAGAGAGCGGGAUAGUGCGCUAUCAAUACUGGGAAGGCUACAUAUUCUCACAAAUACGACCACCUCUGGUAACGUCCGCGCUUACAUGGUCACCGAUCCUUUCGCUGCAUCCCUCCGACAAGCACUCACGGGUGCGAAAGAAACCCAGUCCUUUGGUGUGCUUCACCACAUACCGGACGACCAGACUGUUCCCAUUCACGAUCUUGAUGAGUACGCGCGCCGACAGUGGGAGGGUGUUCUCGGCUACAUGGUUGGAACCAGUGGGCUAGGGAUUCAACGCGAUGUGAAUUUGAGCAAAGGCGUGAAGCAGCUUCUGCAAGCCGGACAUCUGGUGGAGAUCAGGGAUCGCCGUGUUGAGAUAACUCAAGAUGGGUUCGCAUUCGUCCUCCAGGAUGUGGGCACGCAGGUCUGGCAUAUCUUGAUUCUUUACGUCGAAAGUGCUGAGGCCAUCGGGAUGGAUAGCGUCGAAGUGCUGUCUUUCAUAUUCCUCCUCAGUAGCUUGGAACUGGGCAAAUCCUACGAAAAGAAGCACUUGACAUCGAAUCAGCUCCGCACUCUAACCGAUUUAGCAGACUUUGGUAUUGUCUAUCAGGAUUCUCCUGAGGCGAGCCAUUUCUACCCUACUCGUCUUGCAACCACUCUUACGUCCGACUCAAGCGCCCUCAGCAACCCCAUCUCUGGCGCACUCUCCGAUCCGGACGGCGGGGAUUCCAACCAACCGGGUUCUGGAUUCAUUAUCAUUGAAACGAAUUAUCGACUUUACGCUUACACUUCUUCGCCGCUUCAGAUUUCGCUUAUUGCGCUCUUCACGACACUCAAGUACCGCUUCCCUAACCUGGUCACGGGAAAAGUGACCCGGCAGUCUAUCCGCCGGGCGAUUGAAAUGGGCAUCACAGCCGAUCAAAUUAUCUCUUACCUUGCUACCCACGCACACCCGCAGAUGCGCAAACACAAUGUCGCUCGCUCGACAUCCAACCAGGCUGGAAUGCCACCGUCAGUCCUUCCACCAACAGUUGUUGACCAGAUCCGUCUUUGGCAGCUGGAGCGUGACCGUGUCAAAGCUACGGCUGGCUUUCUGUUCAAGGAUUUUGUCAGCCUUGCCGAGUACGAGGCUCCGUGUCGGUAUGCCGAAGAAAUUGGCGUUCUGAUUUGGAAGUCAGAUCGCAAAAGAAUGUUCUUUGUGACACGACAUGAGCAGGUCGCGGCUUUCUUACGAAGCAGGAAAUAA